GAUACAGAGAUGCCGGAAUUGGUAGUGCGGAAAAAUCAUUUAUAUAUGUAUAUUUUUAUUUAUAUGCAUAAAGUACUAUUAAUUUAAACGAAAUACAGUCACAAUCAAUUGCAAUUAACUGAUGAAAGAAAUAUUAAUCGCCUUCUAAAAUCUUCUCAUUAUUGAUCGAUCGUGCCAAAAAUGAAGUUGGAACGAUUAACAUAACCUUGCAUAAAUAAACGUCAGAGGAUAACACAAUUGUAAGUGGCAGUGUAAUUUCCUACUAUUUAUAAUUCUCUAAAUGUACUUAAUAUAAAUUAUUUAUAUUUGGUAUGUGUAAUUAUUAUUUGCUUCUAUAUGAAUAAUAAAAAUGAAGUGAAAUAUUAAUCAUCAUCAAUAAAGUUAAGUGAUUUUAUAUAAGAUAUAAUAAAAUUAUACUAAUAUUGAAUAUUUUGUAUAAUUUAUACAAUUAAUAAUUAUUAUAUUAAUUAUAAAAUCUAAUCACUUUGUAAAUGUAAAAUGCAUUGCAUACGUAAGAUUUUAAAUAUUGCACAGCACAGUUUACAAGUGCAUAACAAAGCCAAUACAAUCUGUAAAAGAUCAGGAAUAUUGCUCCAAGAUAUAGUUUGCCGCUUUAAUCAUGAUUCCGAAGAGUAUAUACCUGCAGAUGAAGAGAAAGACCAAGAGGCGUAUACACAAAUCUCCAACCAUUAUUUAGGUAUUGCAGUUGGAGGACAUAGAACAUUUAUUUUACAGCCAUACAUAAAAUGGGGUAAAGACAAGAAGAGAAACACUUCGCCAGAGUUACAAAUGGCUGAAGCCAUAGCACUCAUAAACACUCUAUCUAACUGGUGUGUAGUUGGAACAAAGUAUGCCCCAUUACUUUCAUUGCAAAAAAAAAGUUUGUUAGGUACUGGUGCGAUGGAAAACCUGAAAAAAGAAAUAAGUAAAUGCGAAAAUCCAACUGCCAUAUUCGUCAGUACUAAUCUGUUAAAGUUUGUUCAAAUUGCUGAAUUGGAAAAAAUUCUUGGUCUACCAGUAUAUGAUCGUUACUCUAUAGUUAUUCACAUAUUUCGUCAGCAUGCAAAAAGUGUAGAAGCAAAAUUACAAGUAGCUUUAGCGGAAGUACCAUAUGUUCGAAAAAAAGUGCUUGAAACAUCUGUGACUCGCAAUGGCAUUAUAAACUUGACAGAAAAGGCAAAACUAAUCUUUGACAGUAGAGAAAAGAAAUUAAAAAAUGAAUUGAAAAAAUUACAACAACAUCGAAAAAAUAUCAGAAGUCAGCGUAAAAAACAUGGUUUUCCGACAGUUGCUGUAGUUGGUUAUACAAACGCAGGAAAAACUUGCUUAAUAAAAGCACUUACAGAUGACAAAUCUCUUCAACCUAAAAAUAAAUUGUUUGCAACUCUUGACACAACUGCGCAUGAAGGGUUUUUACCCAACAAAUUAAAAAUAUUGUACAUGGAUACUAUUGGAUUCAUCCAAGAUGUGCCAGAAACUUUAGUUGAACCAUUUGUUGUAACAUUGGAGGAUGCUAUGAUUGCUGAUGUUAUAGUUCAUGUAUAUGAUGUCAGUCAUCCUGAUAUGAAAGCACAGUACCAACAUGUUCAGCAAACGAUAAAACCCAUGAUAGACGAAACUCGUCCGAUAAUCGAUGUCGCCAAUAAAUGCGAUCUCGUUCAAAACGAUUGCAUACCAAAAGAUGCAAUCGCCGUUUCUGCUACGAAUUUAACAGGGAUCGAUUUGUUACGUUUGAAAAUACAGGAAGUUCUUUUGGCCGUCACUGGAUUAUUACGCACACGUAUAAGGGUAGAAUCGGGUAGUCUUGCAGCCAGCUGGUUGUACAAAAUGACGACAGUAACGAAUGCUCUACCAGAUCCUAAUGAUGCUCAAUAUUUAAUUCUGGAAGUGCUCGCUACUUCGGUCGAUAUACAAAAAUUCAAGAAAUUUUUAAGGCAAUAAAGUAUUCUAUAUUAUAUAUAGUAUACUUUAUUUGCAAUGUUUUGUUAAUGUUUAUGCAUUACUUAUUUAAUAAAUAAACAUAAAGCAUUUUA